AUGAUUGACUGCUCCAUAUCUCACGUUGACCUCCAUGACAUUGUCAAGUAUGAAGCAUUGUCGUACGUUUGGGCAGAUCUUAAAGCAAAUAAAGAUAUCAAGUGUGAGUCGGAAUAUCUCCAUAUCACUGCUAAUCUCCACGCCGCAUUAAAAACCCUGAGAUACCGCUCUCACCCUCGCUUUCUCCUAUGGCCUAAAUUCGUCGCUGAAGAAAGGAUAUCGAUGACUUGGGAUGCAUUGAUCCCAAUACCGCGUCAAAAUUGGAACGCUUUGGCACGUCUUCUACGAAGACCUUGGUUCGAGCGAGUUUGGAUUGUUCAGGAAGCUGCAAAUGCUGUCCAGGCUUUGGUGGUUAACAGAGACAAGCAAUUCCCAUGGGAUUUGAUUACUCGCGGCGUCGAAGCUAUAUUCCAUAAUAACAUUGCUGGGCUGCUCUCCUCAGAACGUAUACGUGGGCUAAAUACGCCAAUUAACAUCAAACACAUCAAAAGUGGAUACCUUGCAGCAGCUGAACACAAACUUCUUGCGGCUUUGAUAAUGACACGAGCACUCGAAGCUACAAACAAACAAGACAAGCUGUUCGGAUUGCUUGGGCUGGUCGGCAAAGAAAUAACAUCUGACCUUAACGCUGAUUAUUCGAUGUCACUUGAGGACGUCUACCGAAACUUGGCUUUGUUCUUUCUGUCCAAAACAGGUUUGAGAUCCUUGUCUAGUGCAUGCGCUGUCCCAGUCACUCAUGAGUAUCAAACACCGAGCUGGGUACCAAAUUGGAGUUUCUUCUACGACACCUGGACAAGGAAUCCUCAUUACUAUACUGCAUCUGGCAGAACCGUGCCUGAGGUCUCUAUUGAUCAUGAUCUUCUAACGCUGAAGGGUCAAUUCGUGGAUGCUAUCCGCGGCCUGGGAUACGAGCGCGAAGCUGCUCAGCCUUUGUACACCGUUCCAAGUGUCGAAUUUAUAUGGUCAACAAUGAAUCAAGAGGCAAUCCAGAUGGUAAAUUGGCUUGCUAUGGCGUUUGGCGAAGGGAUCCAAAUAUCUAUAAUCCCGCCUUGCCAACAAGAAAAUUUCUUAAGAACACUGGUAUUCAACAUUAACGUUGAUGGAACCGAGGUCAGACCUGAAUUGAUACCCUCGAUUCUCCAAUACAUUGAGACCUACCAAGAAGUGCUGAGUGCGGAGACUCAGAAUCGCUUCGUUGAAUUAGCAACAAGACACCGACAACAACCAGGACAAAUGGCGAGAGUGGGACGAUCGCUUGUUGUCUUGUCCAAUUCCAAGCUGUUUUGUGUCACGACCAAAGGCAGAUUUGGUUGGACGCCGAACUCUGCCCAAGUCGAGGAUGAUGUUGUACUUUUUCACGGAGCAGAUAAUCCUUUCGUGGUCCGGCCGUUGAAUGUAGGGCCAGUCAAAGGUCUCGGGGACGUCGUUUGUUAUCAAAUCAUUGGGGAGUGCUAUGUCCAUGGCAUCAUGAAGGGCGAAGCACUUCAACUCGAUCAAUCACAAGCCAUCACUUUAUGUUGA